GGGAGGCCGCGGCGGAUGGACCGGACGCAGUGGGCGGGCGGGAACGUGAAGUUUCCGCGGUGCCUGAUGGGGCUGUUCCGAGGCCCGAAGCUCUUGCCACAGGGGGACCACUCGUUACUGCUGCCGCCUUUUCUGCCGCCUCAUGGCGGCCAUCGGAGUUCACCUUGGCUGCACAUCAGCCUGUGUGGCCGUCUAUAAGGAUGGCCGGGCUGAUGUGGUUGCAAAUGAUGCAGGUGACAGAGUUACUCCAGCUGUUGUUGCUUACACAGAAAAUGAAGAGGUUGUUGGAUUGGCAGCAAAACAAAGUAGAAUAAGAAAUAUUUCAAAUACAGUAAUGAAAGUAAAGCAGAUCCUUGGCAGAAGCUCUGAUGAUCCACAGGCUCAGAAAUACAUCACGGAAAGUAAAUGUUUAGUCAUUGAAAAAAAUGGAAAGUUACGAUAUGAAGUAGAUACUGGAGAAGGAACAAAGUUUGUUAACCCAGAAGAUGUUGCCAGACUGAUAUUUAGUAAGAUGAAAGAAACAGCACAUUCUGUAUUGGGCUCAGAUGCAAAUGAUGUAGUUAUUACUGUUCCAUUUGAUUUUGGAGAAAAGCAAAAAAAUGCUCUUGGGGAAGCAGCCAGAGCUGCUGGGUUUAAUGUUUUGAGGUUAAUCCAUGAACCAUCUGCAGCUCUUCUGGCUUAUGGAAUUGGACAAGACUGCCCCACUGGAAAAAGCAAUAUUUUGGUGUUUAAACUUGGAGGAACAUCCUUAUCUGUCAGCGUCAUGGAAGUGAACAGUGGAAUAUAUCGUGUUCUUUCAACAAACACUGAUGAUAACAUCGGAGGUACACACUUCACAGAGACCUUAGCAGAGUAUCUAGCUUCAGAGUUUCAGAGAUCCUUCAGACAUGACGUGAGAGGGAACCCCCGAGCCAUGAUGAAGUUGAUGAGCAGUGCUGACAUCGCAAAGCAUUCUUUGUCAACCUUGGGAAGCGCCAACUGUUUCCUCGACUCACUCUAUGAAGGUCAAGAUUUUGACUGCAACGUGUCCAGAGCAAGAUUUGAACUUCUCUGUUCUUCACUUUUUAAUAAAUGUAUAGAAGCAAUCAGAGAACUCUUAGAACAAAGUGGAUUUACAGCAGAUGAUAUCAAUAAGGUUGUCCUUUGUGGAGGGUCUUCUCGAAUCCCAAGGCUACAGCAACUAAUUAAAGAUCUUUUCCCAACUGUUGAGCUUCUGAAUUCUGUCCCUCCUGAUGAGGUCAUCCCUAUUGGUGCGGCUAUAGAAGCAGGGAUUCUUAUUGGGAAAGGAAACCUUUUAGUGGAAGACUCCCCUAAGAUAGAGUGUUCAGCCAAAGAUAUUUUAGUUAAGGGAGUCGAUGAAUCAGGAGCCAACAGUUUCACAGUACUGUUCCCAUCAGGGACUCCUUUGCCAGCUCGAAGACAACACACAUUACAAGCCCCCGCAAGUAUAUCUUCAGUAUGCCUUGAACUCUAUGAGUCUGAGGGCAAAAACUCUGCAAAAGAAGAAGACAAGUUUGCACAGGUUGUACUCCAGGAUCUAGAUAAAAAAGAAAAUGGAUUACGUGAUAUAUUAGCUGUUCUUACUAUGAAAAGGGAUGGAUCUUUACAUGUGACAUGCACAGAUCAAGAGACUGGAAAAUGUGAAGCAAUUACUAUUGAAGUGGCAUCUUAGUGUUCUAGAGAAACCAGGAAUUUUUUGGAACUAGACUAUCAAUAUUAUUUGGUUUUGUUUACAAGUGAUGUUUAUAUUAAAAUACUUUUUGAAUGAAUCGUAUAUGUUUCUAUUAAAAUACAAUAUAUUGGUAA